CGAGGCGGCGAGGGCACGUCCUUUAAAUAAGGGCUGUCCGAUGCGCGCACGACAGUGUGUGGAGUGGGGACGCAGUUCAGGCCAGGGGCACUGCGGGCCGCGAGUUCCCGUUCCUUUUGUCCUCAUUGACUCUCCCAUACUCCACUCUGGGUCGAAGUGUGACUUACGGAUUAUGUGGGAGCCGGUCAGGCCUGCCCACUGCCCAGAGACCGACUCCUAAAUUUAGUGUGACUGGGAAACCCAAAGCAAGAUUUAUAUUGGCAGUUGGAGCUGGGGGAAAGCUGAGUUAAGACGUACUUCUCCACGCCAUAAUGUGAUGCAGUAUGGAAGCAAUGAGAACACCAUUAUGUUUCUGCUCUUAUUUUCACAGUGAAUGUUGAUUCUGGAGAAAUCCUGUCUCUGCUGUAGCCUGCAUUACUAGGCAGCAGAAUUGUGAGCUAGAGUGAAGAAGUCUGAGAAUAUGAGCUCCAUUGUGGCCAUGAGUGAACCAAGGCUGAACUGGGAUGUCUCCUCAAAAAAUGGCCUUAAGACAUUUUUCUCUCGAGAAAAUUAUAAAGAUCAUUCCAUGGCUCCAAGUUUAAAAGAACUGUGCACUUUAUCCAGCAGGCGUAUGGGAGAAAAUUUGAAUGCAUCAGCAAGUUCUAUAGAAAAUGAGCCAGCAGUUAGUACAGCAACUCAAGCAAAGGAAAAAGUUAAAACCACAGUUGGAAUGGUUCUUCUUCCAAAACCAAGAGUUCCUUAUCCUCGUUUCUCUCGUUUCUCACAGAGAGAGCAGAGGACUUAUGUGGACCUCUUGGUUAAGUACUCAAAAAUUCCUGCUAACUCCAAAGCUAUUGGAAUAAAUAAAAAUGACUACCUGCAGUAUUUGGAUAUGAAAAAACACGUGAACGAAGAAGUUACUGAAUUCUUAAAGUUUUUACAGAAUUCUGCAAAGAAAUGUGCACAGGAUUAUAAUAUGCUUUCUGAUGAUGCACGUCUCUUCACAGAGCAAAGUUUAAGAGCUUGCAUUGACCAAGUAAAAAAGUAUCCAGAAUUCUAUACUCUCCAUGAAGUCACCAGCUUAAUGGGAUUCUUCCCAUUCAGAAUAGAAAUGGGAUUAAAACUAGAAAAAACUCUUCUUGCAUUGGGUAGCGUGAAAUACGUGAAAACAGUGUUUCCCUCAAUGCCUGCAAAGCUACAGCUCUCAAAAGAUAACACAUCUGCCUCUGAGACACCAGAACAAACAGCUGCAGCUAUGCAUUAUGAUAUUAGUAAAGAUCCAAAUGCAGAGAAGCUUGUUUCCAGAUAUCAUCCUCAGAUAGCCCUAACUAGUCAAUCAUUAUUUGCCUUAUUAAAUAAUCAUGGACCAGACUACAAGGAACAGUGGGAAAUUCCAGUGUCUGUUCAAGUAAUACCUGUUGCAGGUUCAAAACCAGUUAAAGUAAUUUAUAUUAAUUCACCACUUCCCCAAAAGAAACUGACAAUGAGAGAGAGAAAUCAAAUCUUCCAUGAAGUUCCAUUAAAAUUCAUGAUGUCCAAAAAUACAUCUGUUCCAGUCUCUGCAGUAUUUAUGGACAAACCAGAAGACUAUAUACCUGAAAUGGAUAUAUCUAAUGAAGUUAAUGAGUGCCGAAAAAUUGAGACCCUUGAAAAUGUGGAUCUGGAUUUUGAUGAUGACGUCACAGAACUCGAAACUUUUGGAGUAACCACCACCAAACCAUCAAAGUCACCAAGUCCAGCAAGCACUUCCAUAGUAUCCAACGUGAAAAAUACUUCCACAGCCCCCAGUGCAGCAGCCACUCCCAUGGCACCAGCUGCACCAGCAGAUGUUUCUGCUCACUCUAGAAGUUUAUCUCAGAUUCUAAUGGAACAGUUGCAAAAGGAGAAACAGCUGGUGACUGGUGUGGACGGUGGCCCUGAAGAGUGUAAAAAUAAAGAUGAUCGGGGAUUUGUACCAUGUCUUGAGAAGGCAUCAGGAAAUUCUGACAAACCUCUGAUGCAAGAUGGUGACUCGAAAACAUCUGAUGCCUUACAGCUAGGAAGCUCUGCAGAAAAUGAAACCUCUGAUAAAAAUGGCAUGGCUACUGAUACUAUGUAUACUGAUGAAAGACUAAAUGUUCUAGAGAACACAGACAAUUCAAAGGAAAAGACUGUUAUAUCAGAAGCAGCAAAAACUGAAGAUGCAAUGCUUUGCAAUAGUGAUACAGAUGAAGACUGUUUAAUCAUUGAUACAGAGUGUCAGAAGAAUAGUAAUGGAAAAGCAGUUGAUGUGGGUUGUAAUUUAAGUUCUAAGCCGGCCAGCCCAAAUUCUUCCUCAGGAAACCAGACUAAUGCUACUUGCAGUUCUGAAGAGUCCUGCGUUCUAAAAAAACCUAUCAAACGAGUAUACAAAAAAUUUGAUCCAGUUGGGGAAAUUUUAAAAAUGCAGGAUGAACUCUUAAAGCCAAUUUCCAGAAAAAUACCUGAAUUGCCCUUAAUGAAUAUAGAAAAUUCUAAACAACCUCCUGUUUCCGAACAACCCUCCGCUCCUUCAGAUACCUCUAGUUGGCCAAAAACUGUAUGGCCAACUGCAUUUCAGAAGCCAAAAGGACGAUUGCCAUAUGAACUUCAGGACUAUGUUGAAGAUACAUCAGAAUAUGUAGCUCCUCAGGAAGGAAAUUUUGUAUACAAGUUAUUUAGCCUGCAAGACCUGUUGUUACUUGUACGAUGCAGUGUCCAGAGGAUAGAGACCAGACCACGUUCUAAAAAGCGGAAGAAAAUCAGAAGACAAUUCCCAGUGUAUGUUCUACCAAAAGUAGAGUAUCAGGCUUGCUAUGGAGCUGAAGCUCUGACUGAAAGCGAAAUUUGCCGCUUAUGGACUGAAAGCUUACUGCAUUCCAACUGCUCAUUUUAUGUUGGUCAUAUCGAUGCAUUUACUUCAAAGCUUUUCCUGCUAGAAGAAAUUACCUCAGAAGAAUUAAAAGAAAAGGUUUCGGCACUCAAGAUUUCAAGUUUAUUUAAUAUCCUCCAACACAUUCUAAAGAAAUUAAGUAGCUUGCAGGAGGGUUCCUACUUGUUGUCUCAUGCAGCAGAAGAUUCUUCACUCCUGAUCUACAAGACCUCUGAUGGAAAAGUCACUAGGACAACAUACAAUUUACAUAAAACACAUUGCAGCCUCCCUGGUGUCCCUUCCAGUCUCUCAGUUCCCUGGGUUCCAUUAGAUCCCAGUCUGUUAUUACCGUAUCAUAUCCAUCAUGGAAGAAUACCUUGUACUUUUCCACCUAAGUCACUAGGUCCCACAGCACAACAAAAGAUUAGUGGAACAAGAAUGCCUACACACAGCCGCAGGAAUCCAGUUGCCAUGGAAACCAAAAGCCUGCCUGCUCAGCAAGUUGAAAAUGAAGGAGUGGCUCCAAAUAAAAGAAAAAUAACUUAAGGACUCUACCAUGGAAAAUGAAGGAGAAACAGUUAUAACAAUGUUCAGUUUGGAAAUGUUUAGGGGGAAAUAUGCCUGAAAGAUCAGUAGACAAGUUGAACUUUUUUUUUAGUGUCCUUGAGAGUUCUUAGAGUGCCUUGAAAAAAUUUGUUGGCUGUGUGAGGGAAUGUCUCAGCUAAAAUGGAAUAGUAACUAUACUCUUAACUUCUGAUGUUUGAGGAAAAUCUAGAUAUGUUUUAACAUGAUCAUGGCAGGGAACUAUGUAGAAAAGAAAAUUAUUUUUAUAGUAGACCUUUUCCAAAAAUUGUAAAUAGAAUAAUUUGCUUUUUUCCAAGAGCAAUAUUUAUUGUUGUGUGUUAUAUUAAUAACUUGAGUUAUAUUACCAGUCUGUUGAGAAUGGUUCAAAACAUUAGAUCUUGCCACUCUCAAAUACCAUUUUGAGCAACAUGUAAACCUUGUUUCUGACCCAUUGUGACAGGGUUUUUUGUUGGUGGUGGGGCUUUUUGUUUGUUUGUUUUUUUGUUUUUAAUCCUCACCUGAGGAUACAUUUAUUGAUUUUAGAGAGAGGGGUAGGGAGAGAGAGAAAUAUCGAUGGGAAGCAUCAAUCCAUUGCGCCCUGUACAUGCCCCAGCCAGGGAGUGAACCCCAGCCUUUUGGUGCACAACUUGACGCUCCAGCCAACCGAGCUGCCUGUCCAGGACUGACAGUUCUGGUUGUUGUUGUUGUUCUACUACAGUUGUCCCAAUUUUCCUUGGUUGUGAUUGUUGCAGGUUGGUAAAGUCAAUACCUUUAAAAACUUGGUGAUAUUCCCUGCAGAAACUAAAAUUUAAAAUAAAAAGCUUCCUGCCUCUGAAAAGUUAAGCCACCAAUUUUUUAAAGAUUUUAUUUAUUUAUUUUUAGAGAGAGGGGAAAGGAGGGAGAAAGAAGGAGAGAAAUGUCAGUGUGUGAGAGAUACAUCAGUGAAUUGGUUGCCCCUCACAUGCCCCCAACUGGGGACCCGGCCCACAACCCAGGCAUGUGCCCUGACUGGGAGUAGAACCAGCGACCCUUGGGUUCACAGGCUGGUACUCAAUCCACUGAGCCACACCAGCCAGGGCCAAGCUAACACAUUUUUUGUUGGGCAAUCGUUUGUUAAAACAACAACAACUUUUAUUGUGUUACAGAGUUGGCGACGAAUGCCCCUGUCUCUUGGCACAAAUUCCAGUUGAGUACUGAAAUACACUCCUGAAAGCAAAGAGAUGAUCAUGUUUUCCAGAAAAAUCUUUUUAUUUCAGCUGAUAAGGCUAAUGUGUGGUAAAACAUAAGCUAUUUUUUCGUCAUCUAUACUGAUUAAUUUAAAUUUUUCAGGACCACAUCAAUGAAUUUGGAAAAAGUCACGAUCAGCUGAUGUUAAUGUAGCUAACUUGGACUUAAGGAAGGGAUGGACUUAUUUAAUUUUUUGUAUUCAUGUUGUUUAAUGCCACUAAAGUUUUCAGAAAUAGAUGCGCCAUUUAUAAAUCCAAGACAAUAUUAGCUUUGUUUUUGCAAUUGUUAUGUGUUUUAUAUUAAUAUAAGAAGUUUAUAUUAAUAUAAGAAAUCUAGAAUUCUCUAGAGUUCUAGAAAUCUUUUCCAACUGUUAAAGGUGAUAGUUGGGUAUUUUUAUCUUAAACUGCCAAGUUUUGUUUAGUUUAGAUUUCUUCUUGGUCGUUUCUAAAAUAUGUUUAAUUAAUGAGUAACUACUAGUAAAGUUGUUUUAUGUAUUUUAAUAUAUAAUUUCCUCACGAUCCUAUUUCCUUUUUUAAACAUUGAGCCUCCUUUAAUGGACUGUUUUUUUUUUUUUUUGCUUUGUCACCUACUCCCAUAUCUCAGAAAUACUUCAGCUGUGAAUCUUUUGGCAGGGAACCUAGGGAGAGUCAGGGAUUCCCUUGGAAUUUGCUCUUUUUAAAAAACUAGAUAAUGAUUUCUUCAGACUUCUAGAUACCAGAAAGUCUUGACUUUUGUUUUUUUUAAUACUACUUUUUACUUAGUAAAGUAUGUGAUCUUGCAAGUGAUUAUUUUGAAAUUAUUUUAGCCAUAUACUUGAGUAACUGAUAAUAUAUUAAGCUAGUCUUAGUUUUCUACUUGUGCUUAAUUAAGCCUUUUAUAAAACAUAUAUUUGAUCAUUUCUUGUGUUCUUUUUCUUGAUUUUUAGUUCUGAGAAUGUGUAAGUAACAAAGUGACAGUGACAAUAUGAGCAUUUUUUUUCUUUUAAAGAAAGAAUAAGACAGACUCAGUGUUAGCGUUAGCAAGGAUGUGAUGGACCUGGCCCUCUUUUACCUCUAGGGUGAGGGUGUAAUUCAUACAUACUUCUUGGAAAGUAUUUAAUUCAGUAAAACUUUGGGUAUAUCUGUGUCUCACACAGUCUAAAGUAGGUCCCCACUCAUAACAUUUUCUUUUACUAUAUAUCACAGUACCUAUUUGUUUACUUGACUCAGUGUGUUUCUUCUUGAAUAGACUACGUGUCCUAAAAGGGCAGGGGCAUGUUUGUUUGGUUCACCGUCAUGUAACACACACCUCACACAAGCACCUGUCACAUCGUUAUUUAGUAGAUAUAACUUGGAUAUGUGAAUAAAUGAACAAGUAGAUACAAGGAUAGAUUCUUUUUUUCCCAGAAGCUCGCAUUCCAGUGAAGGACACAGCACUGAUCUAUGUAAAUAAAUGCUCCAGUAAAGUAAGAUAAGAAAGCCGUUUAACCUUUCUUAUUAGAAAUGUAAGGCAGAUUUUUCUAAUAUGAAGGUUGAGCUGAGUCUUUUAAAAAUGAGGAGUUAGAAGGGAAGAAUAAAAGAUCUUCCACACAAAAAGAAGGCAGCAAUAUACAAAGGUUAAAGGUGGCCAGGUUGUAGGCUGUGGACAUGGGAGAUGAGAGAAAAAGACACAGGACAGGGACAGACAUGCCAUCCUGUGACAUUUAAGUUUUGUCCUGUGCAAGGUGAGAACAGGUAAUGAAUUUUAAUCAAAGUAAAUAACAUGAUGAGAUAUGUGCUUGAAAAAACUCUUGCUGUCAUUAGUUCAAAGAAUGGAAUGGAACUGGGAAAGACUGCAGAGAAGGAGAAGAGUUGGAAAGCAUGAAUACAGGGUAAAGGCCCUGAAUGGACGCUGUAAGUGUAGGGUGGGCUCAGUGAUAAUAGAAAAAAAGUGACAGCUCGGUGAGAUGGUUGGUAGGGAGAGCCAAGUAUGGCUUCAUGGUUCUCGUUUGGAGUGCUGGGUGAAUGAUGGUUUUAAACACUGAAAAGGUAGGAGAAGGCGUGCAGAAUGGGAAGAAUUUCUAUUAAAAUGUUCAUUUCCUUUCACCACUUCUAUUCCCUGAAUUUGGGGUUCAAAUAUUCUGUUAUGUACAGCUGCCUAAUAAAUUACCCCAAAACUCAGCUAGUUAAAACAAACAUAUAUUAUCUCAGAGUUUGUGUGUAUCAGGAGUCCGGAUGCAGCUUAGCUGGGUGCCUGUCACCCACGGCUUCUAAUAAGGUUGCAGUCAAGCCGUUGGCUGAGGCUGAAGUCAUUUGAAGGGUUGACAGGGGCGGGAGCAUCUGCUGCCAAGGAGGCUCAUUCUUGGUGGUGGUGGGAGGUGUCAGUCUCUCACUGGUUAUUGACAGGAAGCUGCAUCCUCGCUACCUGUACCUCUACACAGGUCUGCUUGAGCGGCUUGACACAUAGCUGGCUUACCCCAGAGUGAGCAAGGAGGAAGCCACAGUAUCUUACAUCCUAGUCUUCAAGAGAAGACUGACUGCAUCCAUGCAGAUUUGAGAAUUGGUGUAUCUUUGAUAUUUGAAGUCAGAAAAAGAACAACAUAUAGCAGAAAUUAGUGGAAUGACGAAAAGGCCAUGAAUGGAGCCCCAGGGAAAACUGCAGUAAAAGGAGAAGUUUCAUUAAAGUGGCCAGUAUGGGAGUCAGAUUUAUAAAACAGGAAAUAAGUACAAGGUGAAGUGGAAACAAUGGAAUUCUUCAUUGCCAAUUGACCAGCAAAACUUGGAAAUAAUUUCACUAUGUGGAUCUUCUUUUGCAAUCACAAAGGGAAUUGACAUAUUUCUUCAUUUCUGGUUGUACUUGGAUUCUGGAUUUGGACACUGCAAACUUUUUAGAGGUAUAAGGAGGUGUGGGUGUAGGGUAGAGAGGGGAAAGAACACUUUUCUUUUCUAAUAUUUUUUAACAUACUAUAUCUGAAAUUUCUGAUGGGCAUACAGAUAAAAAUAUUAAGCUGCUUGUUUGCUGUAGACACAUGGUAUUUUUUAAACCAUAUACCUUAGAAUAUUUGAUAUCAAGAUUUGCUGAGUUUCUCAUUGAGAUGUUGAA